AUGACUGUGAUCGCCAAUGAUAAGAAUGAGUUAAUUCCUACUCGAACAAUCAUAGGGUGGCGUGUCUGUAUUGACUACAGAAAAUUGAAUGAUGCCACCCGAAAGGACCAUUUCCUGCUACCGUUUAUUGACCAGAUGCUUGAGAGGCUUGCUGGGCAUUCAUACUUGGGAGGAAGAAGAAGGGCCAUGGGCUUUGAAGAAAAAUUGCUUAGCGCUAAAAUGUAUGCAUUUGAGAAACAGAUAGAAGAAUUAGAUGCUGUGAGAGCACGCCAAUACCAUAGUAAGCAACUCAAUCAAUGGGGUCUCAGUGCACAAGAUGUGUUUGCAAGAUUCAUGAUGAAUGCGGGUGAGGAACUUGAAGCCAUGAAUACCAAUCUCAGUGCAGAAGAUGUGUUUGCAAGAUUCAUGAUGAAUGCGGAUGCGGAGCUUGAAGCCAUGAAUACUGCAAUUUUUAAUACCCAACAAUCUCUUCAAAGUAUGGAAAACAAGAUGGGAGAAUCUUCUAAUAUAUUGACCAAGCUGCUACGAACUAUUGAAGACAUAUAUGAGAAUGACACUAGAAAGGAAGAGAAUAAGGGUGAAUUUGUGGUGGAAGUUGGUAUUGAGGUGUUGGAGGUUGAAGAAGCAAUUAAUGUACCACCAAUACCUUUUGAGUAA